CUGCCUCCUUGGCCAUGAGUGUGUGGAUCCUGGGUAAAUAUUGCUGGUGCAAAGCUGAGCUGCCACCUUGGAGCUGUGAGGGGUGCUGGGCUUUCUUCUCCUCUGCCACACGUAUGGAGAUUUCUUGGUGUGGUGAUGCAUGCAAGUAGAGAUAUUAUAAAAGAAAGGCCUUAGAAAAUCAGGCCUAAAUUACCUAAAAUCAGGCUAAAUCACCAGCUGGCCUGACACUCCUAAGUGCAGCUAGCUCCUAGUUUCUCAUAAGUUAACCAAACAACCUGUUCCAGAGAGGAAAACAGGCUGCACUUGUAAUAACAAGAAAUUUGUCCUGUGAGAAUCAGUGAACAAAAUAUGCAAACAAUCCAAAAAUAGAGAGAUUUGAUGGAAAGUUAAAAUGCCAUUUACCAACCAAGGAAUGAGCAAGGAAUCUGCUACCCAAUUGGAACUGAACACAGGGUCUGUGAAAAAUGAGUUAUUGACCAUCAGACCCAACCUGCCAAGAAAGACCUUGCAUAUGCAACCUCCUGAUGAUUUAGCAACUGUUUCAGAUGUUCCCAAUUCAGACACUGAAUCAGCUGCUGAAGAACGCAAGGUGAGCUGACUUUUCCAGGCCACUCUAGAGGGAGAUGAAGGUGUUGCUGAGCCUGGCCCUGGUGCUGACAUGGCUGGGGCGGUGCAGCGGCGCUGCCGCGGUGUUCACGGAGCCCCAGCUCCGAGCUAGGGCUGGAGACUCCGUGCUGCUGCAGUGCCUCUUCCUGGACCCCGACAGCAAGGGAUGGACCCUGCACAAGGUGGACUGGCUGCACAAGGCAGGAGCUGGCACGCAGGAGGAGAUGGUGUUUUUUUACUACAGCAACCACGGCGUCCCCGCGGGCCGCUUCAAGCAGCGGGUGCAGUGGCGGGGGAACACGUCCCGCUGGGACGGCUCCAUCCUGCUGCAGGACCUGCGCCUCAACGACAGCGGCACCUACGAGUGCGAGCUGCGGCUGCUGGAGACCAGCAGCGUCUUCAGGAGCCGCACGGUGCUGCUCGUCAGCCCCGCGGCACCCAGAGGUGCCGAGGAUGUCGCGGCCCCGAGAGACUCCGGGUUCUGGCCGGCAGUGGUGGGCUGUGGCUGCGUGGCCGUGGUGGUGGCGUUCCUGGCCGGGCUGUGCGUGAGGAAGAGGUUCGCAACCGUCACAGCCCUGGAGAGGAUGGGGAGGAGCAGCAGCAAGGGCAAGGCAGAGGAAGCACUUUACUCCUCAAUCCCUGGCGCUGAGGUGCCCAAGGCUGAGCAGGAAGCAAAGAAGAAGCGGAGAGCUGAGGACACGUACAUAACCAUGCACCCAUCUCACUGCCGGGACAACGGCGUCUACGUGGAGCUGGCCAAGAGGGCCAUCCCGUCAGAAUGGAUGGCAGAGGCGGCACAGGGGCAUGGACAGAGCCAGGAGCCCCACAGCAGGCCAGAGGAGGCACUUCCCCAGCCCCCAGAGAGGCAGAAGUAGCUGUGCUGUGGCAUGGCAGCCCCUUUCCAGGUGUGCCCAGGACAUCUUUGUCACUGUGAGGACUGAGAACUGCUGGCACGUCACUGUGUGCCCCGUGCCAGGGCACUGCUGGGCCACCCCAGCUGUAUGCAGGGGACCCCUGUCCCCCCAGCUCUUGCCCCCUGGACUCAAGGGUGGGCACAGCUCACGCUCCAGCUCUGAUCCUGGCCCAGGGUGAGGAUCCCCAAGGGGGGAGACGCAGCAGGAGCUGUGACAGUAUUCUUCUGUAGAUAAUAAAACUCAGGGAGUCCUCCCUGAUGCCGUCUUUGUUUUA